AUGGCUUCGCCGCACACCGCCAACAUGUUUCGCUACCUGAGCCCCAAGUCCCUGUCGACGAUGCACCAGAUGGGGGCGACCAUCAUACCCAUCGCCUCAGACCCCGUACUACCGCCCGCGGUGGCCGAAGUGACGAUUGCUAACUCGGAGACCGUCGUCGAUAGGAACCAACGGACGAGGAACCAGUUCCGCCCGCGCGUGGGCAAGGGCGGAUCGGCUAGUUACCAGCUUCGGCAGUAUGCCGAGGUGACGCUCGGCGGAGGCAGCCUGCGCAAGGUUGUCAAGCUCCCAGAGGGUGAAGACGAGAACGAGUGGUUGGCUGUCAACACGAGAUGGCGGGCUGACGAGGAUCUGUUAGUGGUGGACUUUUACAACCAGAUCAACCUUCUCUACGGAGCCAUCACCGAGUUUUGCUCGCCGCAGUCAUGCCCCGAGAUGAAGGCCACCGAUGAGUUCGAGUACCUCUGGCAGGACAACGAAAACUACAAGCGCCCAACCAAGAUGCCAGCUCCAGCAUACAUUGAACAGCUCAUGACAUGGGUGCAGUCCAACAUUGACAACGAGCAGGUCCUGCCCAGCAAAAUUGGUAGUUAUGACCCUGUCCUUCAACUGGACUUCUCACUGACAUCACCAGGCGUCCCAUUCCCCAAGUCAUUCCCAGCGCUGGUCCGCCAGAUCUUCAAGCGCAUGUACCGUGUCUACGCGCACAUCUACUGCCACCACUACCCCGUGAUCCGUGAGCUAGGUCUGGAGCCUCACCUCAACACGAGCUUCAAGCAGUACGUGCUCUUUGUGGACGAGCACAGCUUGGCGAGUGGGAGGGACUACUGGGGUCCCCUUGGAGACCUGGUGGACAGCAUGUUGAAGAGCGACUAGGAGAAGCUCGAUCGCUAGACGGGCCGGGUAUUUGCGUGUGUGUCUCAAGGUUAGCAUCCAGGAGUUUUUGGGCGUUCGGUUUAGGACUUGGAGGGGCUAGGGAGCUGCUUUAAGUUGUACGAUCAUGAUCAGAGUAGAGGGCACGAGUUUAGAUGACGGUUUGUCCUUG